UCGCCGCAUUGUUUGGGAGAUUUUUUGUCCGUCUCUGCAAUCUGCUGCAACCAGGCAUUGAUCAGAGCCAGAGCGGGCUAACCGUCAGAGUGCAUUAUACUACCACUUCCUAUAAUAGCUCGUAUUUGUCACUGAAUUGUGAGGGAGGAAUACACUCCAGGAAACAGAGGAAUGAGCCAAACGCCACGAUGACACAGUGUCUACUGAAACAAAAGCGGUUCUUUUGUCGGGAAUGGGCCUUCAGCAAAAUAAACCACUGUCUGGAGAGCCGACCCUCGUCCAAGACAUGUGGAGCCCUCAUUAUGGGGGGCCCGGGGUGUGGAAAGACUGCUAUCGGCUGCGAGCUGGUGUGGCCCACCGUCCCCCAGGGUAAGCAGACGCUACUGAACAAACGGUUGUUGGGCUACCACUUCUGUCAGGCGCAUGACAUCGACAGUUUAUCACUCUCAAACUUCGUCAGUGGACUAGUCGAACAAUUGUGUAAUUCUGACCAGAUAGUCGGAUAUUGUGAAAAGCUAGAAACUUCUGAAGCCAAGCGAUUACGCCGCCCCUAUGAAAUCGAACGCAACCCUGAUGAGGCUUUUCAGGAACUUGUGCUGAAACCGUUGUCUUCCAUCCAGCCUCCGAAUCAAACAUUAUUUGUUUUAGUGGACUCAGUUGACGAGUCGUAUCUUCAGUCACUGAACGAUCGUACGACCGGAAGUAAAACGAUAGCCGAACUUCUGGCCAACAAUCACACUAGUUUUCCAAAUUGGCUUCUCUUAGUGUGCUCUUCACGGAAGCAGAGCAAAUCUGUAACCCGGAUGUUCACAGGUUUCCGGAAGAUAAGUCUGGAUGAUCUCCGGAAGUCGCACGUGGUGCGAGAUGUCCAGCAAUAUAUUCUGUGUAGACUGGACCUUGAAGAGGACCUCCGCCAACACCUAAGUCGUGACACGGCGGAAAUGCUCAAUCAACUUCACAUCAAAAGUAACGGUUGUUUUCUAUACUUGGAGAAAGUUUUGGACGGGGUUUCAGAAAAAUUCAUUAUGUUACGGGAGAUCCGCGAAAUCCCGGGGACGCUUAAUGGGCUCUAUCUCUGGCUCUGUCAGCGGUUAUUUGUGCGGAAACAAUUUUCUAAAAUUCAACCAAUUUUGAAUGUGAUUCUCGCCUCCAGGAAGCCUUUAACCGAGGAACAGUUAUUUUCCUGUGUGCGAACUUCAAAUCUCACGCUAACAAAGGAAGAUUUUGACAAGCGAAUAAAACUGCUUUCAAAAUUAUUAAUUGAGGGAAACGGGGGUACUAAAAUUUUAUUUCAUCACAGCUUUGCUGAGUGGCUUCUGGACGUAAAACAUUGUACCCAAAAGUACCUGUGUUCUGCCGCGGAAGGUCACGGCAUGUUAGCGAUGCAUUAUACUGUAAACGCAGCAAAUCUCUCCACCGCAGAGGUACAGGAUUUCACUUGGCAUCUGGUGAGAACCAACUUUGAGGAACCGAUUCAAACAUACCAUCUAACUCAGUGGUUAUUAGUCAGUGGCGCAGAUGUAGAGAACAGUUUAUCUGCCGGUGUUCCGAAGGAACAAAAAGUAGUCAAAAUUUUACUGGAAGCUGGGGCUAAAAUGCCGGUGGAUGCCGAAGAGGCAGAGUGUGCCAGUCUUCAGGCCAGCAUGAUUGAGGAGUCAGAAUCCUGUGACCAGGCUUUAGAGGAUGUGGACGUCCAAAUCAACGAGGUGGACGGAAACGGACGGACACUCUUACAUACCGCUGCGUACGAGGGGAAUUUAGACUUAGUUAAUCUUCUAUUGACAAAAGGUGCAAAUGUAGAAAUUGUUGAUCGUAGUGGACAGACGCCAUUAAAUUUAGCUUCGCGUCAAGGUCACGGGACAGUAGUGGCUACUCUCCUCAGUGCUUCCGCGUCUGUUGAUUCUACGGACUGUGAAGGAUGGACUGCGUUGCGGUCAGCGGCGUGGGGUGGACACACGGCCGUCGUGUGUUUAUUGUUGGACUCGGGUGCGGAUGUAAACUAUGCUGAUAAAGAUCAGCGAACGGCUCUGCGGGCUGCAGCGUGGGGUGGACACGAGGACAUUGUGCUUCGUCUGUUAGAACAUGGAGCAGACGUCAACAAAGCGGACAUCGAAGGUCGCACCGCGCUCAUUGCGGCAGCCUACAUGGGUCAUUCUGAAAUUGUUCAGCAUUUACUGGAGUAUAAAGCGGAUAUAAAUCAUGAAGAUUGUGACGGACGGACGGCGUUAUCAGUCGCCGCUUUGUGUAUUCCCGCCAGUGAAGGACACGAGAGCGUCGUGGGCAUCCUUCUGGAGCAGGGCGCCGAGGUAGACCACCAGGAUAAGGACGGCAUGACGCCAUUGCUGGUCGCCGCGUGCGAGGGUCACCGUGACGUAUGUGAACUGUUGUUGGAAUGGGAUGCGGACAUUGAUCACGCAGAUAAGAGUGGUCGAACGGCCUUACUGGCCUCAGCAUCAAUGGGCCACGCAAAAAUUGUAUAUCAACUGUUAUUUUGGGGUUGCGCUGUGGACACGAUAGACUCCGAAGGAAGAAAUGUCCUCAGCAUAGCUGCUGCCCAGGGGAACGAAGAUACUGUGCGUCAGCUGCUUGAACGAGGUUUAGAUGAAAUGCAUAAGGACAAUGCAGGGUGGUCUCCCCUUCAUAUGGCGGCGUAUGAGGGACAUCAAAAGGUGGCAGAAUGCCUUCUUGAGUUCUGUGCAAAAGUCAACGAGAGCGACAACGAUGGUCGACAUCCUUUGGUUCUAGCUGCACAGGAAGGACACCUAGCGGUGGUACGCUGUCUCGUGGAGCACGGCGCCAUAGUUGAUCACAAGUCACAUGACGGGAAGACAGCGCUACGAGUGGCUGCCUUGGGCGGUCACUUGGAUGUUGUCGAGUACCUCAUGUCGUGCAACGCAAAUAUAAACUACAAAGACUUGGAUGGGAGAUCUACACUGUAUCUGUUAUGUCUCGAAAACAAGGCCGAUAUGGCUCUCUUUCUGCUGGAAAAUGGUGCCGAUGCUGAAUGUACCGAUUUAGAAGGAAGGACAGGGCUGCACAUCUCAAGCUGGCAAGGUCACACCGAGGUUGUACAGCAUCUUCUGAACUAUGGAGCACAGGUUAAUGCUGUGGAUAAUGACAGACGGUCUGCUCUUCAGUCGGCGGCAUGGCAGGGACACGAUCAAAUCGUACGUCUCUUACUGCAGAAAGGUGCCACCGUGGAUCACACUUGCAACCAGGGUGCAACGGCGCUUUGCAUUGCGGCACAGGAAGGACACGAAGACGUAGUCAAAACUCUCUUACAAUUCAAAGCCAAUCCAAAUCACGCUGAUCAGUUUGGUCGGACGCCGGUGAAAGUUGCAAUAAAAAGUGGACAUUCCAGUGUUUGUCGGUUGUUGGAAGAAUACGGCGCUGUUGCGCCAAGCUGCAAAAGCAGCCGAAGUAACUCGUCCGCCUCCAGUAACGACACAAAACCUACCAAUACAACUGGU